AUGAAUAGAGAGAAGGUUCAGCUGGGAGAUCUCUCAAUCGCUUCUCCGCCGGCGUCGGGUGUGGCUGCCCAAACAGCGGUGAUCGUCGUGGCCGCUCCAGAAAGCAUGGACAAUCACAGCGAGAAGCGGCUCUCUGCCAACGAACUGUCGGUGUUUUCCUGUCCCGCCGGUAGAGACAUACUGCAAGGGGACAGUCGAAACAACUCUCCACGCCAAGAACCGGCUCCGAUAGCAAUGCCAACCGUUCACCGGACCACCGCGUUUUCUGUUUUGGACAUUUUGGACCCAAAUAAGUUUACGAGCAAAAAGCAAAAUCCUAACCGAACAGGCAGUGAAUUCGCCUUCGGGACAGAGAACCGUGGAGGUGACGACUCGAAUCAUGCUGUAGAUCAGAAAUCUUAUGCAGAAGACUAUGAAUGUAAAAAAUCUACAGGACUAAGUAAGUGUUUGUGUCUUUCUUGGUGAUAUUUGGUUUUCCAAAAGUAUUGUUGUUUAUGAUGUAGGUCUACUUGAAUAGCCUACAUGUCUCUGAAAAAUCAAAUUGAGAUUAGACAUAUAAUGUACAUUUUGUUAUCUGACAUGUUAUGCUUCAGGAAGAUGCUCAAUUACUUAGGCUAUAUAACGUCACCUAUUUGUAAAACCACGUUUUAGCCUCUUUGUGUUGAUCAUAACAAGACAGAGAACUUGAUGAGUGGUUGUCUUAUUAGGUUAGCCUAUGUCUUUGAGGUUAGAGGGACCUGCAAGUUGUUUUAGAUCAAGGAGUUAAUAAAGUUGUAUUUUCCAAAUCUAACUUUGCGUUCUAUAUUAUGUAACUAUUUAUGCUCAAAUAUAUUUGGAUUCAGAAAUAAAUAUGAUAAUAUCUGAGGUUAAGUAAGGUUAGCUAUGGAAUAUUCUACCACGCACACAUUCCCUUAGGCUACCCCAGAGAAGAAAUGCUUGUAAUAUCAAAAUAUAUAUAUAUAUUUUUUAACCAUUCGAUUACAUUUAAUUUAAAGUGCUUUGCGAGGUUAAAGAUGCAGGAUAAUGGGGAAAAUUGCCCCAGAGUGACAUGCGGAACACGGCUAGUUCGAUAUCCUAUUAUCGAAUUGAGUCGCCUAUCUCUUUCAGGCAGCUUGCCUGACUUUCCUCCAACAUCUUAAUUAUAGUGUCAAAAUUCGGAUAAUUACACGAUUAAAACCGAUUAUUAUUAUUAUUAGGGUAGAUAUUGAUCCCAGAAAAGAGACACGAGAUUGAUAUUGUCUCUGCUGAUAUAAGAUAAACACAAAUAUUGCCCCCACUGUCAUUUUUUAAAAUGAAAAUAGAAGGAACAAACAUUGAUCUCCGUAACCACUUCAUAGGGUUUGCAUUUAAAUAUAACCUAACAGUCAGAGAAGAGGACACUGCGUUACCAACCAUGUUGUCCGGGUGAUUUGUUAUGGACUGCCUUCAAUAGACAAACUAACAAACCAAAAAAACAUUAUUCUUAAGAUUAUAUCUAAAUAGAUGAACAUGAAGACGUAUGAUGUGGAUUAGUGAGAUAUUGUUUAUGCUGCCAAUACAAACAUUAAAACCGUUUGCAAAAGGGAACUAUAUCUUAAACGUCAGAAGCCAACCCAUAGGAUCACAUUAACAGGGUUGAGCAAAUUGCCAACAUUGUGUCAACAAACAAUGCUGAAGAUGUGCAGGCCUUAAUGGAAUAAUUAUUCCCCUGGAUGUAUAAGUAUUGUUUAAAUAAUGCAAAAGUAAGUAGGCUAAUGCAAAUAUUUGGUUGCUUAUAACAAUUACAAUUAUUGUUGUUGUAAUAAGAUGAUGCGUGUGCGUAAAAGUGGCUCACUUGAAUGAUGUGUGGUAGGCCUACUCCAGAAAAUAAUUGAAAGACUAUUUUGUUUAUUUAACUUGCACCUGGUCAUGGGGUAUAAUGGUCAUAUUUUAAAACAAACCAAACGAAUCUAAAAAGUUUGAGAAACAAUAUGCCUAUCCUUAUUGAACAAUUUAGGCCUAAUAUAAUGUAACAUAAAUGGAUUUAAAAAAAAAUAAUAAUAAUGUUAGAAUAUUUAGCAUGCCUAUACUCAAUUAUAGUAAAGAUUUUCCAAAAUGAUUAGGCCUCAAGUCUUUUUCUUGAAGGUGUCAAUGUAGACCAUAUCACAAGCAGGUUUUCACUAUUUAAUUGAUAGUCUAACAUAAAAUUGGUAACAUGAAUUAUGUUUGCAACUUUUCCAUUUUUAUGCAGCGCAUUAUUUAAGCAUAUAGGCUACUGUAAUACAUCCUUACGCUACAACAUUAGACUACAUGAAUGCACAAUGUGGAAAUAAAAACAACAAUUUAUCUUCAUAAAUACAUUUUUAAUGAAGGUGAGAGAAUAGAUAGAGGAAAAGGUUAUCCAUUACGCAUUAGCUGGCAUGAUUCUUCAGCACUAUUUUCCUUAGCAAUAUGUUCAUUAGGCUAGUCACUAUGCUACUUGGCAAGGUAUUGAAUAUUGUCUGUCCAAAUGACUUGGACUUUGUGAUUAUUACUUUGAAAAUACUCAAUGGCAUGUCUUGUUUCCUUUACAGAGGAGGGGCUGGUGUACAGAUCGGACGAAUGUGAGAAUGAUUUCAACAGAGGCUCCCACUCUGACAGCGAGAUGCAGGAUGACUUAUUUGGUGAGGAGAGCAGCAGUGCCCUAACUGGAAAUGCCGUGGGGGAUCUGGGCCACCAUGAAGACGACGACCAGGAGAGCAAGAGCCCAAGAAGUCCUGACGGACAGCAAACGCAACAGUCAGGGUCGAAUGGACAAAGUCAUCAAGGAAAGCCGAAGAGAAAGCGCUCUGGCUCCGAUUCAAAGUCGGGUAAGCCACGAAGGGCCCGGACAGCAUUCACUUACGAACAACUUGUUGCACUGGAGAACAAAUUCAAGUGCACCCGUUAUCUCUCCGUGUGUGAGAGGCUAAAUUUGGCACUGUCACUUAGUUUGACUGAAACUCAAGUCAAAAUCUGGUUCCAGAACAGACGGACCAAGUGGAAGAAACAGAACCCUGGCGCAGACACCAGCGCCCCGACGGGCGGGGGCCCGAAUGGCCAGAGCAAUGGACUAGGGGGCCUGAGUCCGCUCAGCCCGUCUCCUCCCAUGAGCGGCCAUCUGUCAAUGCACACGAGCUAUGGUCACGGGCCAGGCGGGCUAGUCUGCACCACCCAAUUACCUUUUCUGCCAAGUCAUGCGGUACUGUCACCUUUCAUGUUAGGAUCUCAGACUUACGGAGCGCCUGCGUUUUACACUUCUCACCUGUAA